UUAUAUAUAAUAUAACAUGGUCGGCUUCUGAGAGCACCCGAAUGAUAUUUUUGGUCAUUGUAGAAGCAGAAGUUCAGAACUGUUUAAUUUUUCCUUCAUUUUCAUGAAAAACGUUGAUUCAGAACAUCAAUCAGGUGAACUCUGGUUUGCAGGUAUAAAACUCAGCAUCUUGUGCAGCUUUACCUACUUAUAAUGUAAUUCUCUCUUACCCUCUAUAAACAUAAUAAGGUAUUAGAAAUAAACUCCCAUGCAUAGGAUGCAUGAUCCACCUUCCUGAUCCAAAGUCACCUAACUCCCAACUGCUAAGGAACGCCAAAGUUAUAUAUGUGAUCUGCAAAAUUGGAUGCAAUUGCACUUCGACUCUCAGAUUUAGCUAAGAGCAUAACAUGAAUCAAAGUAAAGGAAAAGUAUGUGUCACAGGUGCCUCCGGUUUUCUAGCUUCUUGGCUUAUUAAGCGACUUCUUUUGUCAGGAUAUGAUGUCAUUGGAACUGUAAGAGAUCCAGGAAAUGAGAAGAAAUUGGCACACUUGUGGAAGCUAGAAGGAGCAAAAGAGAGGCUCCAAUUAGUGAAGGCUGAUUUAAUGGAAAUGGGCAGUUUUGAUGAUGCAAUCUUUGGCUGCCAUGGCGUUUUCCACACUGCCUCCCCUGUAAUCAAACCCACAACUGAUCCAAAGGCAGAAAUCUUGAAACCAGCUGUUGAGGGAACGUUGAAUGUGUUGAGUUCUUGUAAGAAGAAUCCUUUUAUGAAGCGAAUGGUUCUCACCUCAUCCUCAUCGACUAUAAGAGCAAGAGAAGAUAUCGACCCCAAAGUACCUCUUGAUGAGUCCUCUUGGAGCUCUGUGGAACUCUGCGAGAGACUCCAGAUAUGGUAUGUUUUAUCGAAAACGCUAGCUGAGAAAGCUGCAUGGGAAUUCUGCAAUGAUAACGGGAUUGAUUUGGUAACUGUUCUUCCCUCAUUCGUGAUCGGACCAAGUUUGCCACCUGAUUUAUGUUCUACUGUAUCUGAUGUCCUUGGCUUGCUUAAAGGCGAAACAGACAAAUUUCAGUGGCAUGGAAGAAUGGGGUAUGUGCACAUAGAUGAUGUAGCCCUUUGCCAUAUUCUUGUUUAUGAGCAGGAAAAUGCUCGUGGACGAUAUAUCUGUAGCUCAACUAUACUAGACAAUAAUGAAUUAGUCUCAUUUUUAUCAGCCCGUUAUCCUUCUCUGUCAAUCCCAAAAAGGUUUGAGCAACUAGAUAGACCAUACUAUGAAUUCAACACAUCAAAGCUGAAGAGCUUAGGCUUCAAGUUCAAGUCAAUCCACCAAAUGUUCGACGAUUGCAUUGCAUCACUCAUCGAACAAGGCCAUCUCUCUUCCUCUAAUCAAAUAAUAUGAGGAAGAUAACAAGAAAUAGAAAGAACCAAAAGAGAAAAACAAGAAAAGAAAAGGAAAGUGUGUGAUUAUAUACUUAUGAAAGGACUGAAGUUUAAACUGCAUUUAACUGUUGGUGAGUUUUAGUAUUUUAGCCAAGGACACCAUCAUUGUGAUUGAUUCAAGUUCUAGUUUAAGUAAUUGAUUGCUUAACAAGUUAAGCAUGAAUGCAUUUGCAUCCGAAAUGCAGUCACAAAUCUUUGUACCAGGCUACCAGCUUGUUUAUAAUAUUUCUCCAAGAAUUAGACAAGGUUAAUAAGAAAUGAAAAGCUAAA